GCACUUGCGGCGGGGAGAGAGAGAGAAAGAGAGAGAGCAUGCUAGCCAUGGAGAGCUUCUUGCUCCUCGUGCUGGCAGGGUCAUGCGCCCUUGCCGCGGCGGUGCUGCUCUGCAUUAGCGCCACCGCGUGGCUGCAGAGCCCGCGGCGCGUCGCCGACAUGUUCCGGCGGCAGGGGAUCGACGGCCCGCCGCCGUCGUCGUUCCUGUCGGGAAACCUCCCCGAGAUGCAGGCGAGGGUCGUGGCCGCGGCGGCGGCGGAGGCCGGCGGCCGGGACUUCGAGAAGGACGGCUUCGACGAUUACUGCAAGAGGAUCUUCCCCUACUUCGACAAAUGGAGGAAAGCCUACGCCCAAAGUCUGAGACGCGCGCUUGUGCAGGCGAGACGUACCUGUACUGGCUGCGCCGUCGUCCGGCGCUGUACGUGUCGGACCCGGAGCUGAUCCGCGAGAUCGGGCGGUGCGUGUCGCUGGACAUGGGCAAGCCCACCUACCUGCAGAAGGGCCAGGAGCCCCUCUUCGGCCGCGGCGUCCUCAAGGCCAACGGCGCCGACUGGCAUCGCCAACGCAAGCUCAUCGCCCCAGAGUUCUACAUGGCCAAGGUCAAGGGCAUGGUGGAGCUGAUGGUGGACGCAGCGCAGCCGCUGCUGCGGUCGUGGGAGAGCAAGGUCGCCGGCGCGCCGGGCGGCGUCGCGGAGGUCGACGUCGAUGACGACAUCCGCUGCUUCUCCUUCGACGUCAUCUCCAGGGCCUGCUUCGGGGGCGACUACUCCAGGGGGAGGGAGAUAUUCCUCCGGCUCAGGGCGCUCUCCGGCCUCAUGUCCGAGACCAGCGUCAUCUUCACCAUCCCUUCGCUCAGUUACCUGCCGACGGAGAAGAACCGGAGGAUAUGGAAGCUCACGCAGGAGAUCCGGUCGCUGAUCCUGCAGCUGGCGAGCGAGCGGAGGGCUUGCGCGGCGGCGCCGGGGCGCGGCUUCCUGGGCUCCAUCAUCGAGAACAGUCGGGACCAGCCACGGGCGGACGACUUCGUGGUGGACAACUGCAAGAACAUCUACUUCGCGGGCCACGAGACGAGCGCGGUCACCGCGACCUGGUGCCUCAUGCUCCUCGCCGCGCACCCGGAGUGGCAGGACCGCGCGCGCGCCGAGGUGCUCGAGGUCUGCGGCGCCGGCGCCGGCGCCGCGCCGGACUUCGAUGCGAUCUCCAGGAUGCGGACGGUGCACAUGGUGGUGCUGGAGACGCUGCGCCUGUUCCCGCCGUCGUCGUUCGUGGUGCGGGAGACGUUCAGCGACAUGCAGCUCGGGAGGCUUCGCGCGCCCAAAGGCACCUACCUGUUCCUGCCGGUCUCCACCAUGCACCACGACGCGGCCGCCUGGGGCCCGACCGCGCGCCGGUUCGACCCGGACCGGUUCCGGGACGGCGUGGCGGCCGCGUGCAAGCACCCGCAGGCGUUCAUGCCGUUCGGCCUCGGCGCGCGCACCUGCUUCGGCCAGAGCCUCGCGCUCGUCGAGGUCAAGGUGCUCGUCGCGGUCGUGCUCGCGCAGUUCGCGCUCGCGCUGUCGCCCGACUACAGGCACGCCCCCGCGUUCCGGUUCAUCAUCGAGCCGGAGUUCGGGCUGCGCCUCCUCGUCCGUCGCCUCGGUCAGUACGGCUACUGAUACGCACGUAGUGAUGUAAAAGUGUUUCGAGUUGCGUUUUGUGAAGACGUACACUAGCUAACACAUGAAAAGGAGAAGGAUUACGACAACACCAAUGAACACCAAAACAAUAACAUGAUACGUAUAUGAAGGACAAUAAUACGAAGCACCCGUCAGUGCUACAUUUUUUAAA